UAUUAUUUAUUAAUUAGAUUUAUUUCAUUAAAAGGUUUUCAAUUGUAUGAUUUUUUUUUUUUUAAGUUUUAUUAUUGUAUAUGCAAAAUUAGUAUUUAACUAGAUCAGACUACAAUUUUAAAAGACACAUAUUAUAAGUAAUUAUUAGAUAUGACUGAUUCUAUAAACAAAGAACUUGUUAAACAAGUACAAUUAUCACUAUCUAAAUAUAUAAAUAAACCACAGUUAACAGAGAAGCUACUUAAUAAACCACCAUUCAAAUUUCUUCAUGAUAUUGUAACAAAUGUCAUCCAGAAAACUGGUUAUUUAAAAGGUGUUUUUACUGAUGAAGAAAUUAUAUCUACAAAUGUUACUACAAAAGAAACUAAAAUCAAGUUUUUAGAAAAACUUAUAACUGCCAUUCAAUCAACAACAAAUAAAACAAUAUCAGCAAGACCCUCUAAAAUUGUUGCAGGACUUGAAGUAGCAAAGACUUUAGAAUUGCUUUUAGCAAUUGCUUUUGGAAUAGAAACAAAAAAUAAAGAAGUUAAGGAACAAAGUUCAACUAAUACAAAAACUAAAAAACCAGAAACUACAAAAAGUAAUAAUCAAAAUAAGACAAAAUUGUUAGAAAAAACCAAAUCACUAGAAAAAAAAGUAAAAGAAAAUAUUGAUCAUGAUUCUAAAAAAAAAAUACAAAAAUCUGAUAGUGUGGAAUCAUCAGUUGUUAAAAACGAUGAACCCGAAAUGGAUACAACAACAAAACCUGAUGAAGAAUUCUCUGUAAAACCGGUUGAUGAAGAAAUAAAGAGUGUUGUGGAUAGUUCUAAAACCGAAGAACAUAAUGAAAACAAAUUACAAUCGGCAUCCAAAUCUAAAUUAGAAAAAAAAGAUUCAGAAUCAAUAGAAAAAACAAACUUAGAAGAGAAUCCACUUCGAAAAUUAAGUGAAACGCAUGAUAUUAGUAAACCAAUAAGGCCCAAAAGUUCAAGACCACCAGCGCCAAAUCGUCGUCCUCAAUCAAAUACAUAUGCAGAGAUUCCCAAACAUUCGGACAACUUUUUUUCAAAAAACGAUGAUAGAAUAAAUGAUAUUGAUGACAAUAUUGUUACAAUUGAAGUACUAAAUGAUAAUAAGUCAACUUAUGACUCUUAUACCCAGGAAGAUGGACAAGGGCAUCUUGUAUCACAAAUACUUCAAACGCAACUAGAAUUUAAUAAUAAAAAGAAGACAGACUCUUCCAAAAUAGAAUGGGAAGGAAAAAGUGCUAAAGAUCAAGAAAUGUUAACUAAAGAAAUGGAUACAAUCAGGCAAUUUAUUCAGGAUAUAACAAAAUCUGCAAAUCCAUUGAGUAAACUUAUCAACAAUAUGCAAGAAAAUAUUGAUCAAAUGAAUCGAGAAUUGAAUUACUGGAAGAAUUUUACUGAAAAAACUAAUGAAAAGCUUGAUAUACAACAGCGAAUAGCUGAAGAAAAAAUUAAACCAAUGGUAAUGUUAUUAGAAAAAUUGACUACUGAAGUUAAAGAUGAAUUAGAAAUGAUGGAUUACUGUAAAGCAAACAUUAUGAAAAAUAAAUCUCAUAUUAAUUACUUAAUUUCAGAAAGAUUUAUGUUAAAAAAAUAAUUGUUUUUAAAGUUUAGGAAAUAUUAAUUUUAUGUUUUUAUUGUUAUUUAUUAUUUAACUAAAAAAAUGUACUACUUAGUUUAUCACUGAAAUAUUUUGAUCUCACAUUAAAAGUUACAAGAUUUAAAAAAGAAAAAUUUGGUAUUUAUCAAAACACAGGAACUUUUUACAGACUUGUAUCAAGGCCUGAAUCAGAUACAUAUCACUAGGAUAUAGUACAUAAUUAUGUCUUGUCCUCUCAAAUUUUCUUAUUAAAAUCUUGAUAACAUUUUUUUUCUCACAUUAUCUUAAUAAAAUUAUUUAAAAAGAAACUAAAAUACUAUUAUUUUUA